UAGGUCUUAGAGGCCGGCAGUAAAAAGUGAGCCGAAGUGAAUUAGCAACGAACGACGUGUGGCGGAGCAAAUCAAAUUCACCGUGGAACACAUUUUCGAAUACACUUAGUUAGUCAUUCAAAAGGUAGAACUCGAUUGAGCGACAAUUCCGAUCAGCCAAAAGAAAACUAAUGGAUUUAGUCAAACACAUCUAGUCAGGGACAGUUCGGAAAUAAAAAUAAAAAUUACUUUUAUUGAAUAUGAUUAGACUGUAGUAAUAAUUUAUAAUUUUAAAUACAUAUAUAAUUGAGAGGAAGAGGUGUUUAAACGAUUUGUAACGGCAUAACAAAUUUAUUUCAAAAAAAAAUCGCUGCGAAAUAUCAAACACCUUUUUUUUCUAACGACUUGAGAUUUUUUGCAAACGACUUGAUAACGAAUAUUUAACCAGUGUGUAAACAAUUGUGUGUGUAUGUUUAAAAAUAACUAAAAGAGAAAUAUACACAAAAUUCAAAAGAAACAAAUUUAACGGAAGAAACGGAAAAUAAAUUUUCAAAAAAAAUAAAAAAUAUACGACAACAUAUUUUCAAAAUACUCGUUGAAACGAGAAAAGAUAUAUAAAAAAAAUAUUUAUUUAAAUUGUGUAUAAAAAAAAAAAAUAAGAAAAUUGUCAUCAAAAUUAUUUUAUAGAUGGUGGAUGGAUGAUGGUGUUUGCAUGUGUGCAAAAAUACAAAAAUACAAAAAUAAAAAAUAAUACAAAAAAAAAAACAAACAAAAAUCACAAAACAUACAUGAUUGACGUAAAAGUAACGAAUUAUUUUUAAUUUUCUUUAUUUUUGUAAUAAAAUUUAAUGCGGGUGUUAGUGUGUAUGUAAAAGCACACAAUUUUUGAAUAAAAAACAACAACAACAAAAAUAUAAGAAAAACAACGAAAAAUUUUUAAUUCAACGGGGCUCCAUAAAUAUUCUUAACAAACUGCAGCAAAAAUGGAGGAGGCUACCACUAGUACCGAACCCAAGGAAACAAAAACUGAAGGCUUGUCAUGUAUACACAGUACGGGUACAUCAUUGACAAGAUUUUUAAUUUGUAUGGCACCAGUAAUGGUGUCAUUGCCCGGAUCUGAUGUUAGCUCUAUUGAACAACCCGCCAUUCUUCAAGUACUUAGUCCGUUAAAUGCCACAGAAGAAAAAAUAGACAAAAUUAAAGAGAGUCCGGCAAAUCGAGUAAUACUAUUGAAGCCGCCAUCCUCUGAGGAGCCACAAUCGCACAACGAUGUCAAUGACAAUGAUAAUUCUAGCGAUAAAAACCUAGUCAGUAAUUCUAAUAAGUCACAGUCUCAGUCUCAUUUAGUUAUAACAAGUCCCACGCCUACGCCCACACCGUCACCGACCAAAGACUGUAAAUUCGACCCUAAUACGGGUGAAAUUUUAUUUCCCGAAACUCAUAUUAACCCCAGUCAGGACAACAUACUUGACAUCGAAUCUCAUCUAAUAGAAACCUAUAACGAACUGUUCCCCAAUGAAGAGAGUGUUGGUAUUAACGAAUUACCUCCCAUAGACGAUGAAUUACAGGUUGGCUGUUCGAAGGUUGAAACAAAUGACAAUGUACGCACAGUAAUUGAAGUCCAACCAGCCGAACUUGUAACAAAGAAACCCAUUGAAAAGCUCAUCGAAACAAAUGAGCCUUUGCAGGUAGCUCAAAUUAUUGUUCCUACAGAUUUAUCCAAUGGAGAGUCUGGUUUAUAUGAAGAGGAAAUUGAAAAGGUAGCUGAAAAGUUAAUACAAGACAUUGAAGAAGAAAUAACCAAUAAUUGGGAUAAGAUAACAUCACAAAUAAACUUUACAGAAGCAAAUACCGAAGACCAAACUGAAGUAGAAGCAGAUGAAACCAAGGAAGAACACAUUAGUGAAGAUAAUUUGGCUGCAAAGACUGAGAGUUUAGUGGAAUCGGAAAAAGACCUUUCAAAAGAGAACUCCGCAAGCGAAGAAGUUAUUACUGUUAAUGAAAAGUUAGCAACCGGAAAUAUCGAAGAUAGCUCUCAGCAACUGAAACAGAAUUCAAUUGAAUUACCCUCUGAAGAUUUGCCGCUUUCAAAUGGAAAUUCUUCUGAAAUAAACGAAAAUAAUACAGAAGAAAAGCUAUCGGAAGUAGUAGAUCAACAACUAUCAGAAGUCACUAGUAUUUUAGAUUCACAAACAAAAACAGAAGAUUCCUCUGAACGCUCCCAGGCACUAAAUUCCGAAACAUUACAAUUGCCUGUUGACAAACACUCAAGUCUUAAAGUUGUAACUGUACCUUUAUCCAAGACUGCUUCAGAAGAAGAGGAACGUAAACUGUUUAUUGAAUCUUUGCCUCAUCUGGAAACUCACGAAACAUCGUUGUGUGAUGCGGAGCAAUUAGCUUUGGACUGCAAACGGGAAUAUUAUCAAUCUCUAAAGAAAUAUUUAGUACAGAGCACCACGGAUAGACCGCCAGUGCCAUUACAAACAUAUCGCUGGGAAGAUCUUAGGCGAGCCAGAGAGAGAGGAGGUUAUCCUUGGACUCAUCUCUAUAAACGUCCCCUGGGACCAGAUGAUCAACCCGAAAUUGUGUUGAUGCUAAGGAAGUCACAAGAAAUUCGCUUUACAUCUGAAUCACCAAAAUCGAAUAAAAAAGUCCGUAUUGAUGAUCACGUUUCGAUACAAGAAACAGAACGUUAUAUACAAGAAUUGUCCGAAGAGGAAGACGAACCCAAUUCAGAACGUUUGCAAAACCAUCAAGCGGAGGAUUUAGAAAAUCACAGUUUGCACAGUGAAAGCUUUUCAUUUGCUUCAGACUCUGUCCUAACCACAGGCAAACAGCCAAAGAAAUCUGGUCGCUUCAGUAAAGUUCGACGAUUGUUUAGACGUCGACGUUACGGAGCUAGACAACACGACGACGCCCAGUCACUGCCCGAUUCAUUUACGAAUACAAGUUUGCAACAUAGUCUAGAGUCAGUGCCCCAAGGAUCACACAAUCAAUUAGAACAACACAAACAAGUCGAAGAGCUAAAAGCAGAAAUCAAAAAGGAAGAAGAACCCAUUUACGUGCACUCGAAGAGUCCACGUUGUUUUCCCAUGAUGAAAAAACUCAAGAGCAUGGCUGAUCGUCAGAAGAAACGCCUUAGCAUUAAGCGUAUUCACUUAGGUAAAGAUGAGAAAAUUGUACUUAAUGAAGAACCGAAGAUACUAAAACUUAAAAAUUCGCCAAAAUCUCAGAGAAGUGAUAUACCGCAUUUCAUUGAAAAGCAAGAUUCCGAUGAUGUUUUAGAAAUUGUACAAUUGGACGAGUCGCCCAGUCGUAAGCGCAGAGAUGACGGUGACCGAUACGACAAUGAAGAGAAGACACAAAACAGCAGCAUAGUAAAACCUGAAGAGAUUAUUGAAAUCAGUGACAUACAAGCGGCACAAACGGAAAUCGAUGAACACGCCGACGAUGACGUGACCUACAAAAAGGCCGAGGAAGUGGAUGGUGCAGCCAUACCACCAAAAAAAGCACCACGUUUGCGAAGAGAACAUGUGUAUGAAGAAAUCGAUCAUCCUGAUGAAGCAGUGGCAGCAGCUGAAGAACUAAAAUUCAUUUUGGAUGCCACCUCUGUUGAUGCUAUAAAACAAUCUCUGGCCACACAGGAUACUAGUGCCGCUCAAGAAGUUAGCACCACUAACAACAACAUACCGCUAGAUCGCAUGGGCAGCAGUGAAGAAGAACCAAUUACUUUAGCCGAUCGUGCCACACCAGAACGUAAAUCCAAUACACUUUUAGCACCCAUAUCAUCCAUAGAUUCGGCUUCAUCGGAUGAAGACCGCACCAAGUUACAUUUACAGCCCGUAACCGAAGAAGAAACCGACCAGGAACUCGACAAUGCCUCUGUCCAUCAACUUAAUUUAACUGUCAAUCAAGAAUCUGAUUCGAAAAACGAACGUAAACCUUCACUGAAAAAGGAAGCUUCACCAGCACCUUCAGAAAAGAAGGUAACAUUUUCCCACGUUGAAGAUGAAGCAGAACCGCAUCGUGAAGACAUUGAAUUGACAGCCGAACAAUUGGAAGCCACAAAGGAGGCCACCAAAUGGAAGAACACCAUCAACGAACAUGAAUACGAACCCAUUGGAACACCUUCGACAGAAGAGAAGUCUUCUGAUAUUAAGGAAGUAUCUCCAAAUGAAAAUCAAACGACAACUAGUGAAGAAGUUGAUACCAUGAAACAGGCAGAGGAAAUGCAAAAGUAUCUGGAAGAUCGAUUCUUUUCUUCAGCGCAAGUUACGCAACAAACCCCGUCGCAGUCAAGACAAAAAACACCUCAAAUGGAAAUUGAAGUUGAGCCAAUUGAGACUGAAGAUGUAGCUAUGGAUGAUGAUCAAAUUGCGAAAGCAGAAAAGAAAGGAUUUAUGGCAUCGGCCCAAGACAGAACUAGACGAAUGCAAGCUGGUUUUAAAAACCAAGCAGGAAAGCUUAAAACAAAACUAAAGCCCGCUCCAAAGAAAAUACCUUCAGGUAGUCCUAAAGCUAAAGACCGCAAAAAGUUCAAGGCUCCCGAGUUCUCGAAAAUAAAAAUGCCUGAGAUGAAACGUCCCGAUAUGUCGAAAUUCAAAGAUUUCAAACGACCCGAAUUCACUAAAUUCAGUAAACCCGACAUGAGUAAGUUCAAAUUGCCCGAGAAGAUGACAAAUAUUAAACUGAGAAGAAGUAAAUCCCUCAAAGAAUCGGACGCCACACAUGUUGAUGAAGAAUUGGGUACGGAAGUAACGGAAACUGCGCAAAAGCCCAAUGAAGCACCUGUCGCACAUAAGAAGCUAUUUGAUUUCAACUUUGGCACAUAUCCAAGAGCAUUGCGUAAAAAGAAAUCGGUAGAAGUGGAAUCAUCGUUUGGCACCGGAACAGCUACAGAAGCCACAAGUGCUAUACCGAGUUCUGAAACGCAACCCUCAUUAGAGUCUUCUAGCACACCACAAGGAGAUCGUGGUCCCGGACCAGUGCGUUCACGCUGGGCUGACAAGUUCUCUGACGUUAGUUACAAUGACAGCGAAGGUUCUCGUUAUCGUCGUUAUGGCAGUGAACAGGAAAGUUUCGACCGCGAAUCCUCAUUAGAGCGACGCAUGAGAGAGGAUCUUGAAGAUACUGCCAGCGAAGAAAGAAAUUUAGGCAUAUUGGGCGGUGUUACAGACAACAAACAAUUUGCCGAAUUCGACGAAGAAAAUCGUGCCAUACAUGAGAUUUCAAAUUUGCGUUCGGGCGAAUUUAGACGACGUCCCAUGACCCACCAGGAUUCCGAUGUCAGAUCUGAAGACAGCAAAGAAGCUGUAGGUUGGACCGAGAAAGAUAUACAGAAAAAUACUUUGCUCCGUAAAGCCGAAAGGGAAGCCGAAGCCAGUUAUCUGAAAUAUCAAUCUGACGACAUGGGAACACAGGAAACCCAAUCGACCGCUAGUUCCGGCAAAAAGGUUGUGCUGGAGGAAAUUGGUGACGAUGAAUUCUUUUUGCGUAAGCGUGGCAUUUCGCAAGACAACAUUGAAAUCAAUCAGUACAUAAGAAAUGCAUUCAGAGAUGACUACGACAAGCCCAUCAAUGCUUUAGAACAUGUUGGGCAAACCAAUGCCUACGGUGACUAUGAUGUACCGCCACCAAAACCGCGAAGACUUCAUAAGACAUUUGCUCCCGACAACGUAUCGCAAGACUAUGACGGCCAAAGAAGCGAUUUCGGUGAUGAUCUCUCGAUGUCGCACAAUGGCAGUGAUUACUUUGGCGCACCCAGACGACCUAUGCGCAAGGCAAGAAGUCGUAGCAAAUAUUCAAUGGACAGCCAAGAUGUUGAUAGUAGAAAAUAUAUGGACGAGGAAUAUUUGCGUGAUCCAUCGCCCAUGCAUAGGGAUGAACACGGUGCGUGGAAUGAUUUGAAUAUGAUGUCGGAAAAAGAGAAUAUACCACAACAUCAUGAACAACCACAACCCCUAGCACCCAGACGCCAAAAGAGACGUCGCGAUACCUCAAUGGAUAAAGACUCAUAUAUCAAUGGUUUUGGAGGACGCUCGGUGUCGAAUAGCUUUUUGCAGCCAACAGAAGAUGUAAUUGUUUAUCGCACUGAACAUGAGUAUCAUCACGUACCCCUUGCCACACCGGAAAAAUACUCUGACACUGCAUCAACACGUAAAUCCGUUUCGAAUUACGAUUUAGACGAACGUCAUUCUAGAGGUGCCAUUUCAUUCGAACAAAAUGAAGAUGUUCAAGAAACCGAAAAAUACGUUAUUGAUAUGAUGGAAAAUGACGGAUAUGCAGUCGUACGCAAGGAAGCACCAGUACCAAAACCCACACCUCCAGCUAGGCGCAAGAAGUUUUCACGUUCUCCUGGUGAACGCUUUGCCACAAUGCCAAAUAUGAGAACUAAGAGAAGCACACCACCGCCCGAAAGACCACCACCUCCAAGAGGUUACACACCCGUCUCCGAUGUGGUAAUGGUAACGGGACGUAAAUCUGCCCUAAGUUUAGAUGCUCAACCAAAUUAUGAAGACGAUUAUGAGGAGCCCGGUAUGAUUGAACGCAAUCUGCAAUCAGGUGAAAUAAUAAAUAAAAUGAAAUAUCGUCCUUUGCCGCCACCACCCAGACCUCCUAGAGAAAAACGUCAACGCUCAAUUAGUAAGGGUUCAGAGGCGCUGCAAGACUAUCGCUCAUAUGAUAGUGAAGAUAUUGUUGAUGGUCAUCUCGACAAGGGCGACGAUUCAGACAUGCAUGUAGAAGAAGUUGAGGCCUGCACACAAACAGAUCCACUGCCAGACGAUUUCGUUUGCGAAGAAUUCGAGAUAACCGAUGAUAUGAAGGUAAUCGAGCCCCGAGUUCGUUCAAACAAAACAGUUGAAGAAUUAUUGCAAGAAGAACUGGAAAAGGAACUCAAUGUCAAUCAUCAAGUUAUAGACAGUGAACAGUUGACCAAGGGUUUGCAACGAUUUAGAGAUGCCAAUCAAAGAAGUCUUUCAGAGAGAUCUAGAGCCUCCUCCCAGGCCGAUAGAUCUAAAUCAUUAAGCAGGCCUCAAACACCCUCCGCUAUACUGGUGGAACGUCAAUCUUCAACGCCCAUACAAAAAGAUAAUACCGAAGUAGUAGAAGCUUCUCUGGUAGUAAGACCCAUCGAUGAUUUAGAGUUAGAAGAGGAAUUGCGCAGGGAAGGUCUCUUAACUGAUAGCUCUCAGCACAGUGUGUCGGACACCAAAGAAGACUAUCAUAAUUUAGCAGUAAGUGAAGCUUCCUAUGCUCCCAGUUCGGCUGAACUAGAUGAAGCCUUAGGCGUCCUAACUUCCGAUCCUGAAACCCAACAAACCGACGAAGAAGUUGAAAGGACUUUACAAAGAUACCGAGAUGAAUUGGAUGCUAUCGGUCGUGAAUUGAUGGAGACUCAAACCACCUCUCAAGAGCCGUCACCUAGUGUUUCCCGGGAGGAAAUUAAAGUCAGUGAUAGAGAAAUCGAUCCAAGUGAUAGAGAAGAUGAACAACGUUCAGACUUAGAUGAAUUGCUUUCGGACGGUGAACUUAAGGAAGAGAGCAUUUUAAGCGAAAUCAAAGAGGAAGAAUCCGAAGAACUAACCAUAUCCGAGGUAGAAACCCCAGAAGCAGAUCCCCCACAACCACCACCUCGUAGAAAAUCGACAACUGCCAUAGAACAAUCACCGCCUCAUCCAACUCUCGAAGAACCACCAGUGGAAGCUAAACAAAUUACUUCAACUGAAAGUUCGGUUAAAAAAACAGCAACUGAAGAACCUAUAUCUUUGCCAAUUCCCUCGUCGAAAACAGAAGAAUCUGUCGAAAUCCCUAAAGAUUUGGCACCUUUACAAACUGUGGUCAAGUCAGAAUUGCCCACAGAAUAUCAAUUGCCAGCACGCAUAGGUGAUCUGGAAGUAGAGCGACUAAGAGUACAUGCUUUGCAAGCGGGUCAAAUAAUGGUUUCACAAUUGCAUGGCCAACAAAUUAGCUCAGACGAAUUAGAGUGUAAAUCUGGCAACUUGGUGGUACAAAAUAUUGAAUUGCCUCCCGGUCUUAUAGAAAACAUCGUUGAACAAGUGCGUCAAAAAGAACGCUCGCAACAUUUAACCACCGAAACACAAACGAGUCUACAAAGCAGUAGUGAACACUUAAGCCCAAGUCCAGCUAGAGAAGUUGUUCCUCCACCGAAACCUCCACGUUUAAGAGAUCAAUUGCAACAACCCACAACCACUAUUCCUAAUACUGAUGAACAAACACAAACAGAUCAACAGACGAGUCCAGUGGAAACAGCUCUGCCAUCUACAGUCUUUCCCACAGCUGAAUACUUGCAAACAUUAGCUCCCUUGGCAUUCUACAAUCUACAUCGGGCCGCUGCUGCGGCAGCCGAAGACACCAACUUAGAUGUAAGACCGCCUCAACGCCAUCGUCGUCAUCACCGGCGCUCAUCCUCUUCCGAAGUCGAAGAUAAACAAUUGAGUGAAACUGAAGAAGAAGUUCAUCAUCGUCGACGAACACGCAGCACACGCACACCUUCCUCGGACGACAACCAAAGUGUCACCAAAGCUGGCAGCAAAUUCAUUACAGCAUGCAGUCUCUCCCUUUGCAAAAUCAUCAAUCAACUUACGGAUUACAUUCGUGGCAAAGAACCCAAAGAAGGUGUCGAAGUAGAACCCACCGAUAUACGCAAUAGACAAGUGCCCGCUUUGGUUGUUCUCUUCAUAGUUAUAACAUUUUUUGUUUUAUUAUACUUAAUGACCGGUCGCAGUGUGCACACGCAUCACUGGGAUUACUUUAAUCCUCCCGGACAGGAGGGACGUUAGUCUUACUCUCAACUAUGUAUAUAAUGCAUCGACACAAAUCUGGAUUUCCCAUAAUGGAAAAAACAAACCAAACAAUUAAUUCGAUACAAUUAUUGUGGCCUUUUAACGGAGUGUGAAUAGAUCUUAGACAAAUUAUUCUCUCUUCUUUUUUUUACUACAAACAAGCAACCCAAUCCAGCAUACCGAAUACAACAGAUAUCAGAUAUAGAAUCGUCAUAAUCAACUAAAUUUUUAUAUAAACUAAAACAAAUUCACAAAUUCACUUGCAUCAAAAAAACACCAAGAUUAACGACAUUUACGUAAAAAUAAAAAAAAAAUAUUUUUUACAAUCAACUGAUUUUUCUACCAGAAACAAAAACAAACAAAAAAACACAAACAAUUAUUUUUUACGACAUGUAACAUUUACUUGCUACUUGUGGCAACGAGUUCAUAAUUUUCUAAUAUUUUUAUGUUACUACAUACAUUAUUAUCUAUUACCUAAUAUUAUUAAUACAUACAUAUUAUUGUUAUUAUUACUUUAAUUUAUUAUUCUAUUUUAUUAUUAUUUUUCACAUUUUAAGGGUAAAUUUUUAUUUCUUUCCUCGUCAAUGUUGUCGUUCUUUUUUUUAUUUAUUUAUAAUUUUCAAUAUAUUAUUCUUUAAUUUCAAAACAAACUGUUGCCCUCAUUUAUUGUUAUUUGUUAAAGUUUAAAAUAAAAAAUAAAACAAAUAAAAAUUAUUAACAGUAGUUAUUGAAAUUUUAGUAUUUCUUGAAACAAACACAAAAUUGGAAAUAAAAUUUUUAAAUUAAAUUCAUUAUGUAAAUGACAUACAUAAUUUUUCAUUAAA